AUGAAUGGCCAAGCCGAGGUGUUUAAUAGAGAGAUAAAGCGCAUAUUGGAGAAGAUUGUCAAGCCUCAUAGAAGAGACUGGAAUACUAGACUUGCAGAUGCGCUUUGGGCUUAUCGGACAGCUUACAAGACACCUAUUGGAAUGAGUCCAUUUCGCCUAGUCUACGGAAAGGCUUGUCACCUUUCGGUGGAGGUGGAACACAAAGCUUACUGGGCGGUGAAGGAAUGCAAAUUAGGAUUGGGGGGAGCCGGGAUUGAAAGAAAACUGCAACUACAGGAAUUAGAGUGCCUUCGACUAGAAGCAUAUGAGAACUCAAGGCUCUAUAAAGAGAGGGUGAAGGUUGUGCAUGACAAGAACAUCAAGAGAAGAGAGUUUUGA